UACGAUACGGGAGUCCUACAGAUUAGGUUAGAGCAGGAUUGAACAACAUGACUAAGUUACGCCGAAAGGAUUUGCUGCGCAAGCAGAUGCAGCACAAGCUUCGACUGCAGAUCUUAGCCGACAGUCACGGUGACCCAACGGAUUAUUAUCAGUUGGCAGACACGUGGGAAGGUCCUGAACUUCCACAAAGACGUCCCUGGACGGAUGAGGAAAGGCACGAGUUUCUGCAUAUGAUCAACAUAAAGAAAGCUGUGCAUGUAGCCGUGGUACCCAUUAUAAGUAUCGAUCUUGACUUGGUUUAUAAGAUCUCAAGCGAUUGGGUCAAUACAUGCGCCUGGGAGGACAAAAUCACAGCUCUUACCUACUCUUCUAGUACUGUGAACGGUGAUAGAUGUGCGUCGUCGCUUAUUAAGGCGGGUGCUGACCCAUCCAUCCGAUGGGUCAAGCGUGGUGAAGUAGAGACGGUAGUAAGCUAUGCUAAGCUAGCACUUAGAAAUGUACGGGCGUAUAUCCUGUCACUGAAGCUGCCCUUGGCAGUGUGGCUGGUGAAGCAGGUGAUUUUCAUGCGAAAAGCUGGAGUUGACCGGUUGAACCUUGGGUCAACAAAGACUAAAUCAUCCUCCCUAUCAGCGUGCGAGACAUGUAGUCGUACCUCAGUAGACAUAGAGUACAUGCCACUGGUGUGGAAUGGGUGUGAGCAUGUGUUCUGCGAGGCGUGUGUGUGGGCGCACAUCUGCAGCGGUGAUUACGGGCUCACCUUUGCAUGUACAAAGUGUGCACCUACUGCGCCAACCGAGGAUGACCUGGUUGUCCUAGAUAAUUCAGACGGACUAACCCCUUCCCAGCGCAAGCACAAUACCUCAGAGAAGUACUAUGCACUACUUGGCGGAACACACAGCGACGGGUCCAAAGGUGUACCCAAGAAGUCACCCUUCCGAGCUUUAUCCCCUAUUGAAGUUCGUACCACCCUGCUCAGUCUGAUGCGCGCGGGCAGAAAAGAAGUGCUCUUUCAAACCGUGGUAUUUGGUGAUGUGCUGUGUUUGAUGGCUCUGUAUACGGCUGGCAUGGACGUGGAGCUGGAGGACCAAUGCGGUGAGACCCCUCUGUCACUGAGUGUGUUCUACGGCCACGUGAGAUGCGUGAAGCUGCUGCUAUGGGCAGGCGCGAAUCCUAACGCAACUGAUAGAGAGGGUAAUAACCUGUGCACUAUUGCCGCAAAACGCAAACAUUCAGAAGUAUUACAGGCGCUGUUGGACGGUGGGGCUAAGCUAAGCCUUGCGAAUGACGUUGAACGUCCUGUAGUGGCCGAUGGCGGUGAAGGUGUGGGAGUGGCUCGAGCCGUUACCAUAGCUGCAGAAGGGUGUGGUGUGCAGUGUGAACCUGCUCUACAGGGCCGGGUUGACAGCAUGCUCGAUUUGAUCACACUGAAGAACAACGGCGUUAAUAUCUCAGCUGACGGGAUAGCGGCGCCGUGUGUGACAGUCACUACACUCAUCGAGCCCACACGAGCCCACCCGGGUGCAGGUGCAACAAUGAUUGACGGCGCAUUUACUGACGAGUUCUUAGACAGACUGAUCAGUCUAUUCCAUGGCCUUCCCCUGCCCCCAGUGGAUGCAUUCGCCGAGGCGAGGCGAAACAAGCGCAGGAACUACUCGAAGACCUGUGCACAACGCCGCUACUUUAUGGACCAUGCUGAGUGGGUGACGGAUGCGGUGAACAGGGCGCUUGCGUUGCCUGCUACGGCGGGGAGUGCCGAGACCACAGCCCACGGGUGCACAGUAACAUUCCCUCGGUUACGAUUUCUGCACUACCUGGAAGAGGGUGGUCGUAUGGAGCCACAUGUCGAUCUGUCCAAGACCGAACCCGCGUCGAAGAUCAACUCCACGCACACUCUGAUACUGUACCUGCAUGAUGUGGAGCAAGGCGGAGAAACGGUACUACUGGAUAAAGUGGGGGGGAAAGGCGCGCCUAUCAUCACCUGUGCGGAUGGUGUGUCUGAUGUAGUGCUGGCGCGUGUCUUACCCAGAAGGGGAAGGCUCCUGUUGUUCCCUCACUUGUGCCCACACGAAGGGUUGCCUGUCGUUGAUUUGCCCAAGCUGUUCCUGAGAGGAGAGCUGUACUGAUUUGUUGAAACUGUAUCUCGAGCUUGUAUCCAUAGGUUCAUACAAAUUAAUUAUCCGCUCUGUCUUUAACUUUGGGAAUAUAAGACAAACGUUUUGCAAUCAACACACUAUCGAGGCGAACUUCUGAAACUAUUUCUGGUACAAGAUGGAGCGUUUAUCAUUGUGGCACAGUAAGUGUAUUUUUUUACAACUGAAUUGUUUGCCAUAAAGUUCAAACCUUCUACGGAAGCUGCGAUAACACCAGAGCCGAUAGAAACAUAUUUUUGUUCUGUGCAUUAGAUACCGACAUUUGAGCUCUGCAGUCCAUAUAUAGAAACUAUCUGUGGCCAUGAGGAUACACUUCUUUUCAUGUGUAGCAUUCGACCAUGUAGUCGAUAUCAGUUGAGAUGCUGGCUACUCCGUCUGGUGGCGUUUAUAUUUCCUACGUGAUACACACAGUUUCGCAAAGGCAGAGGUCUAGGAAAUCAGUUGUAUAUUUCACUCUUUGAUCAAGCUACUGUUGUGUAGUUUUAACACGGUGGUAUACUUUCGGCUGGCUUUAGAGGGAUAUAAUGACGUUGCUGCAUAUCGCAAGAUUUCUUAUAAUCGAAUCCUAUAAAGACGAAUCACAUAAUA